AUCGGUUCUGUCCGUCCCUCACCUCGUCGUCAUCUCUUCUUUCCUCUGUGGUCCCACCAAAAAGCUGCACCUUGCUGGUCCAUGAAGACAGCGGCACGCGACACUCGUUGACCUUGACCAGACCGAGCGUUCCUGACCGAGUAGCAUUCCGUCGGUAUCUUCUGAACCCCGACCUCCCACAAACAAUCGCCAGCGUUUCCCCCGCGGUCCUUGGAAUCUCUCCCCUCCGCUCCCCGCCCACUUGACACCAGCCCCGAGUCCGCGACAUUCGCCCAGCCCACACUCCAACACACGAGCACACACGCACUCGCUCUUUCUUUCUUUUUCUUUUCUUUUCUUUUCUUUUUAUUCUUUUCUAAAUUGUAUUGCGACAAUCCCCGCGAGAUCAAAUUCAUUCACCAUGCAGGCAGUUCCCGAAUCCCGCCAACAGACCUUCGAGGAGAUCUACGGACCUCCGGAGAAUUUCCUGGAGAUUGAGGUUCGCAACCCGCAAACCCACGGCACCUCGCGCAACAUGUACACCUCGUACGAGAUCGUCUGCCGCACCAACAUCCCCGCCUUCAAGCUCAAGCACUCGGUCGUGCGCCGCCGCUACUCCGACUUCGAGUACUUCCGCGACAUCCUGGAGCGCGAGAGCACGCGCGUCACCAUCCCCCCGCUGCCCGGCAAGGUGUUCACGAACCGGUUCAGCGACGACGUGAUCGAGCACCGGCGCGAGGGGCUGCAGCGGUUCUUGCAGAUCGUGGCCGGCCACCCGCUGCUGCAGACGGGGAGUAAGGUGCUGGCGAGUUUUGUGCAGGAUCCGAACUGGGAUCGGAAUGCGUGGUAGGUUGGGGUGAAUUGGGAGCGUUCUGUCGUGUGUUCUGGAUGCUGUUGGGCAUGAACUGUACCAUGCAGCCGUCCUCCGCUCUCCCGACAUACCCUCUCAGCCUGCUCCAUCAAUUCACCUUCCAGCUCACUCCGUCGAUAGCCCUGCCUUUUCCCUCGACAUUUAUAUACCUCGCCCUCCACCUGCGAUAUGCGACAUUUGAAACCCCCUUUCUUCCCAUCUAGUGUAUCUUCCACCCCGUUUGGGACGUGCAUCCCCUCUCCAUGGCCGUGUCUUUCAUCGCAGGGAGACCAAAACUCAUCUCGCAUCCCAGGUUUUGUUUUUGUUUGUGUGGAUCCCCUGCAUGUGUUGAUUGUUCUAUAUGUAUCUCAGCGACGACUUUUGUUUUUAGCUUAUUUGAUCCAUCCAUAUCAGUUAUCUACGCCGUGCAG